AUGGCUUUACAAGCAUCCGUUCAACUAGCAUUAUCGGCAACAGCCAAUGCUUCUUUCGUGGUUUUUGUUUCUGUUCAGAAGCUACCAACUUCAUCAAUCGGACCCAAAAUCGACAUGGGAUCGUACAUGCCAACUCCGCUCCUCGACACCAAAUGUAGAGGCGUUAUGGACUACCACGUUUCGAUGUUGCUCGAAACAGAGAAGUACGUCGUAACGCAGGCUUCCACGUGUGUUGGGUGGUUCUCUGUAUACGGAGAAAGUGGUUACGAGAAACUGUACAUAAGUCCACCUCAGUCCAAAAAUGUGCUGCUGCAUAAACUUAUUUUUGGUCUCAAUGCUGGCGUAAAUUCGAGUUCCUCAAUGCUGCAAGUGUUGAAAUAUGGCGGUAACGGAGUACCAGAAAUGAUGCACACCUCAUUCCUGGACCUGGCUGUAUCCUGGUCACAGUUUGUUACGGGAUCAGCAGUCUUCUAUGUUCCUUCGGACAACAACAUCAUCACGGUAUCAUGCUGGAUUUUCUUUUAG